AACUCCAAAUCACUAUUUUAAUUUAUAAAGAAAAGUGGUUAGUUGUCCAGUGUUGAUACAUCAAUCGAAACGAUGAAUCUUGACACUGUCCUUUAUUUUAUCUGUCACAAGAGAUUAGAGUGGCUAUGCACAACACAGCCAGCGUUGUGGGGUUACGUAUAAUGGUAUAUAUAUAUGUAAGUUUUGUUUAUUUAUAAAAUUUAUUGUUUUAACAUCUUGUGACUAGCUAGAUCAAAAGUAUAUUCUGCGUUUAUAUCUUUUUAUUGAAUUUGAGCUGCGAUGAAACAUUGUAGUAACACUAACAUAAACCAAGCAUCGUAAACGUCUUGAUUGCUGCCACCCUCCGUAAUCUCACCAUGUAAGGCAAAAAAAGGUGAAAUAUUUUGGGUGUGUUAUUUUUUGUUAGAUAUUUUUGGGGUUUUAUGAAAUAAACUCAGCACUAUGGUUUUAAAAAGAGAGAGAAUGAUGGAAAUCACUAAGUUAUACUAUUAAUUAAAUAUUUGUUACAGAAGAAAUAUUAUUAAUUAAAUCUAAUCGUCACUAACUUUGUCCCCAAGUUGCUUACACCAUAAUAUAAAUACAUCUCAUUACCUUCCCCAUUGUUUCAUACUCAGCUUUCCCUUUAUCCCACUUUAACUGAGCAAAUUAACAAGAAAAGAAAAGAGUUGAGAAAAAAAUAUCUCUAAACAACAAACCAGGAUAAACAAAAGAAAGUGUUAAACAAAAAAUGAGACCGUUGAGCGUUCGAUCGAUGUUGCAAGAAGUGGCGAUGCACACCACGUCAGCAUCACCGUCAUCUUCAGCAGAUCACCGAGCAGCGCCGCAGUCACCGUGGCACUCGCCAAUUCCUUACCUCUUCGGCGGUUUAGCUGCGAUGCUGGCUCUCAUCACCUUUGCUCUGCUCAUCCUCGCCUGUUCUUACUGGCGCCUGUCUUUCUCAGGCGCAGAAGAUGGUCAGAGCGGUGGAGCGGAGGACGAAGAGAAAGAGAGCCGGUCUGGGGACAAGGCGGCGAAUGGAGGGUACGAGGAGAAGUUCCUGGUUAUAAUGGCGGGAGACAACAUGCCGAGGUUUAUCGCGACGCCGGCAAUGAAAAAGUGUACUUGCGGUGUUCACGAGGGUAAAAUGGUAGUUUCUCAGGAGGAUAAUGCUGUUGCCGACGAGGAGAAGAAGAUUGGAGAAAACGAAGCCAAAGUGAAAGAUACUGGAGAGCCAACAACAAGCCACUAAGCUUUUCUUUCUAGCUUUCUUUUUUUUUUCUUCCUUUUUGAGAGCUCUCUGGGAAAUUUUCCUUCAUAUGUUUACUUGGAAUGUAAACUCUACUAGAGAGCAAAAUUUUGAGUUUUACUUUGGCUUGUAAUGUUUUAUCUUUUUCUAUACUAAAUAUUUUAUUCCAAGUUUUAUAA